GGUGUGUCACAUCAGUUGAGCAUCACGCUUGUCGCGCUCGCAUUCAGUAGUCAAGUUCCAGAUGCAUACGACCAUUGCACGGCGGCUGUCUGGACCUAUACCAAGAAUGUCUACUUUCGCUGCUGGAGAAUGUCUACGUCCACCAAUAUACCCAUGAACGUGUUCAUUCGGCAGGCGACGCUACCCGCUACAUACCGAAGCACUUCCGGUGCCUGUCUGGAGGCCCGAGGAAUUGGGGACCCCCGGCGCUUAAAGCCAACUUUAGCGACCCCCAUCAGCAACUCGACCAGCGCCCAUAAUCUGAUGGGUAAUCAGGGUCGCGUCUUGACUCUCGCCUUCACUGCCAGCCCUUCCGUGUUGGCAACUGAAUCGCCAGGUCGUUGAAGAUGCGAGCUGCCCUGUGGUGCUUGGCCUGCGCGCUUUCGCUCGUCACGGGGGUCGCGUCCCAGCAAUCCUCGGCAGGUUUUACACCGCUUUGGCUGCCUCUGGCCGUACGGACUCCCCACUUGAAUGCAUGGGUACGGAGCGACACGACGGCGUGGGCGCACUCGCCAUUUGGUGCAGCGAAUCACAUCCUCGCAUGGGCGGGCUAUGUCAGAGUGGACGGCACGGUCUACACAUACACAGGCACGCCGUUCGAAAACGCAACCACGUCCCAAGUCUGGCGCGUUACGCCCUCGCGGACCAUCCAGACCUCUCAAGCGGGACCCGUGCAGCUCACAGUGACCUGGCUUAGUCCAAUCGAGCCCGAUGACCUCGUCAAGCAAUCCAUGCCCUUCGUCUACAUGUCCGUUAAGGCCGCGUCCACCGACGGCUCGUCCCACUCCGUCGAGCUCUACUCAGACGUGACCGGCGAAUGGCUUUCCUCCGACCUCUCCACCCAGAUCACCUGGUCCGAGACCACUGCUGCCAGCGCCAUCUACCAUAAAGCCGCCCCCGUCUCCCCCACAUCCAUGGCAGAGACGAGCGAUAUCGCUGACGACGCGACGCUAUACUUUGGCAUGGCCAAGGCCUCGGCACUUACCUGGCAGAGCGGUUUUGCCAACGAUGUGCGCGGGCAGUUCAAUAAGUCCGGGUCCCUGUUAGACGAGGGCGACGAUGCGCAUCGCGCCAUACAGGACCGCUGGCCGGUGUUCAGCCUUUCGUGGGACCUGGGCGACGUUGAUGAUAAUGCAAAGGAGGCAGUGUGGGCCAUGGGGCUCGCGCGGAGCCCCGUCGUUCAGUACACGUCGGGCUCGAGUUCCGAAGGGCGGUAUCCGUACUAUCUGACGGAGUACUCGAACGCGGACGAUGCGUUUGAGGCAUUCAUCGCCGACUAUGAUGAUGCUGCGAGUCGCGCGGACUCCUUCGAUGCGAAGAUCAUGAGCGCGGCUGGAGGCGUGUCUUCCAAUUACGCUGAUCUGAUCGCCCUGGGCACUCGCCAGACGUUUGCUGGUGUCGAGUUCACUGUGUCGCAAGGAGACAACGGAUAUGAUGCGAGCGACGUACUGGCGUUCAUGAAGCAGUCGGGAGACUCGGAGCGUGUCAACGCUGUGGAGACCCUGUAUGCCUCCUGGCCAGCCUUUCUAUACGUCAACGCGACCUGGGCAGGCUACCUCCUUGAGCCGCUGCUACGCUUCCAAUCAUCAAAUGUUUACACCAAGGACUUCGCUGCUCCUGACCUGGGCACCUCGUACCCCUCCGCUACUGGGAAUAAGUCGCCUGGCACCUCCCUCGCGGUCGAAGCUUGCGGGGACAUGCUUAUCAUGGCCUUCUCGCAGGCUCAGAUGUCGGGUGACGGUUCUCUACUCGGGGAAUAUUAUGACACCUUCAAGGGCUGGGCGGAUUACCUCGUCCUCAACGCGGCAAGCCCGCCGGGUUCCCAGAAACUUCCCGGCGGCGCGGACGGCGCGGAUAACGCGAACCUGGCUCUCAAGGGUAUCAUCGGUUUGCAGGCCAUGGCGGGGAUCAGCACUGCGGUUCAGAAGCUGGACGAUGCGACGGUCUAUUCGGUGAGCAUUAUCUUUCGCGUUCGCUUCCAAGGUUCACUAUUUAUGAUCGUGAACAUCAGAACAAUGCGACCUCGAUGAUUGACACCUGGGCGGACGAGCUGCAGAGCAACAACUUGGCGGACCCGUCGCAUACGGGUCUGAUGUAUAAUUUAUUCGCGGAUAGGUUGAUG